AUGUGUUCCCAGUCUUUUUGCAUAAGAGCCUAUCAUCUUGAUUUGUCUUUUUUUUUUUUUAUCAUUCUUCUUUAUAAAAGAGCUCCAGAUGGAAAUGUUUUUUCUUUUGCUUUUUUCCUUAAGGUUUCUUGCCUUUGCAACCAUGCAGCAUGUUUUAGGUGCAGAUGCUGCCCACAGAUCAAGAAGUCUAUUGUAACCCGAAUCAUGUAUGCCUUCAUCCUUUUGCUUGGUACCAUCAUUGCCUGUGUCAUGUUGUCACCUGGUGUUGAACAACAGCUUAAAAUAAUCCCUGGUUUCUGUAGUGGAGGAGCAGGAUCCGGUAUACCAGGAAUUGAGGCCAAUGUUCAGUGUGAGAUUUUUCUCAGCUAUAAGGCUGUGUACCGAGUUUGUUGUGGCAUGAGUUUGUUCUUUCUCACGUUCUCCUUGCUCACGAUCAAUGUGAAGAACAGCCGAGAUCCCAGAGCUGCAAUCCACAGUGGGUUCUGGAUUUUCAAGAUUGCAGCCAUGGUUGCUGUCACUGUUGGUGCCUUCUAUAUUCCAGAGGGGCCUUUUACCCGAAUGUGGUUUAUUGUGGGAAGCUGUGGAGCAUUUUGCUUUAUUCUGAUUCAGCUGGUUUUACUUAUUGACUUUGCCCACUCAUGGAAUGAAUCCUGGGUUGAUAAAAUGGAAAAAGAAAACAGAAAGAGGUGGUAUAUAGCCUUGCUGUCUGUAACAGGAGUGAACUAUAUUCUGUCCUUCACGGCUGCAGUUCUCUGCUAUAACAUCUACGCUCAGCCAGAAGGAUGCGUGCUUAACAAGUUCUUCAUCUGCUUCAACAUGUUAUGUGUCGUAGCUUCUGCUCUGUCUUGUAGCGUCUGCUCUGUACUGCCCAGAAUUCAGGAAUACCAGCCCAGAUCUGGUCUUCUUCAGUCAUCCAUUAUGACUUUGUACACCAUGUACCUCACCUGGUCAGCCAUGACCAAUGAGCCAGACCGCACAUGCAACCCGAGUCUGAUCAGCAUCUUCCAGCAGAUCACGUCCGCCACAGUCGCGCCACUGGAGAUCGAGAACCAGACGGCCGUCAUCAUUGUAGACAUAGAGGAAACUGUGCCAUCUGGCCCGUAUUUGCAGUGGUGGGACGCUCAAAGCAUCGUCGGAUUGGCCAUUUUUGUUCUCUGCAUUUUGUAUUCAAGUAUACGCUCUUCCAAUACCAGUCAAGUUAAUAAACUAACCUUAGCAGCUAAAGAUACCACAGUCGUGGAUGAAAGCUGCACAGUAAGUCCUGAGAUAGCAGAAGAGGUCACAACACCAAUUGUGGAGGACAACGAAAGAGACACUGUUCAGUACAGCUACGCUUUCUUUCACUUCAUGCUGUUCCUGGCGUCUCUUUACAUCAUGAUGACUCUCACCAACUGGUACAGGUGUGUGUGUGUUUCCCACUGAUCACUGAAGUACGAAAUUCUAUUUCACUGCUAUGAAAAUCUUUUUAAAAACCCUUU